AUGAACGCUAAUAAUAACACAGAAAAUACCUUGCACGUUAAACGUCAACAUAUUAAUUCAAGUCAUCCAUUAGAAAUUAAUUUAAACUUUUCUCAUAAUCACGUUAUCAAUUCUGCAACAUCAUUAAGUUUUCGACAUGUUGAUGAAAGGAUUUGUGAAGAAUUUAUCAAUUUAUUUAAAGAUGGUCACUCUUCGGCUUCAGCGCUAUAUGUCUAUGAAGAUAAGCUUUAUCUCAAUUCAACUAAUGAACAAGAACUAUUGGAGAAAUAUCGUGAGGUAGCACUUGGUUGUUGUAAUGGCAAACCUAUGUUUGAACGCUUAUCAACUAUAAUUGAGGAUUAUAAUACUUCAGGUCUUGGUAAAGCAGUUAUGCAGGAAUAUGAUGCAAAUUCCAAAAAUGCUUUUAUUUUAUGUAUCGUAACAAAUUUAAUGGCUCGAGUACAUGAAAAAAUUAUUCAGGCUGGAGAAAUUUGUUAUGUAGAUGCAUCAGCAUCCUUUGAUUCCCUUAAUACAUCCGUUACUCUGCUAUAUACUAGCUGUGCUGCUGGUGCCCUCCCACUUGGAUUAUUUCUUACAUCUGAUGAGACUGAAACUACAUUAAUAAAUGCACUAAAUUUAUUAAAGACAAUUCUUCCACAAAAUGCUUUCUAUGGACGGGGACCGCAAGUAGAUCCAAUGAUUUUUUUAACUGACAAUUCAGCAGCAGAACGUAAUGCUUUAAGACUUUGUUGGCCAGAAGAUGCAUCUUUUUAUGCAUCAUUAUCUGCAUACCCCUUUUUACAAAGUCAAGACGAUUUAUAUACUGCCACAGAAAUAUCAACAAGUUCUUUUAUUGCUGAAUGGAAAGAACCUAAUAAUCUAGACAAUAAGAAUGAAGAAUAUGAAGAAACAAAUUCUCUUAUUACUGAAUGGAAGUAA